AUGAUAGAUAAAUUACUUGCCAAAUUUGGAUUUAGUUUCCAUAUUCUAAACUAUUACGGAUACUUUCACGAGGUCAUCAUCUUGGUCACCUCACUAAACAAGAAGCUUGCAGCUGAAUAUAAGAAGAAUAAGCACAUUUAUAGAGAGAACUGUAUUCUGAAGAUUAUUGACAUGAUGUAUCCUUACACACAAUAUAAGAAGGAAUAUAUGAAAUUUUACAAAUUAAGAGUUACGCUUAAUUACAAUGAAGAGAUCCGAGAUUUCUUUUGCUUUUGCAGAUAUUUUCACAGCCUCAACAAAGAAAGCGGAGACGAUGCCAAUCAUAAGCCUGUUGAGAAUAUAACAUUAUCUGGCUCAGCUUCAGUUAAGCUUCAUAAGUUCAAUAUCUUGCAGACAAAAUUAGUAUCAUAUCCUUUCACACUCUAAUCAACUACUCAAACCUCGUCACACCUUCAAACUAUCCACCACCAUCUAACAAUCGCUCACUAGAGACAUGAAUCUUCACCUUCCUAGAAGAAGCAAAGGAAUUUAGGCAAAAGAGGUUGCAUCAAGGAGUGAUUUUUGGACAUUUGGUGGUGGAUUUUGAAGCUGGUGGAGAGAAAGCGGAGGAGAGGUUUGAGAAUGGGCUGUGGAAAGUGAGAGCGAGGUCUUUGAAGACUACUUUCUUGUUGGGGGAUAAGAUGCUUGGGGAUUAUUUGUUGGGUAAUGUGAGGCUUAGGAAUAGGUUUUUGAAGAAGAGUCAGAUUUUAAUAGUUGAUACUACUUCUCGUCAUCCUGAGAUCUUGUGGGCUAGGGCGUUUGAAAAUAUGCUGUAUGAAUAUGAUAAGCCAAUUGCACCUAAGAUGAAAGAAUUCAGGCUUGUUAUGAGGGAUAAGUUUAUUUUCUGAGCAUUUCUGGAGGCAUUAUCCAAGCUAGGCCCAGAGAGAUUAUAUGAGUGCAACCCUUCUCUUGAUUUUCUUGUGUUUGAGUUUGUAUAUAUCACCAAAUUGAACCUUCUAGUCGUUGAUCCUUGAAUGAAGUACUCUGAAGACAUUCUCUCUAUCAGUCUGAACUAUAAGGAGACUAAGACGACAUACAAAAUUAUUUCUAAAACAGCUCCUGAGUUUAGUUGGGAUAAGCACAAGGACUCAAGUAACCUUAUCAGAAGGCUCAAGCUCAGUAGGAUUUAUGAUGUUGAGAAGCAUGAGAUGGAGAUUCCUUAAGUUACAUUCUAGGAGAUGAAUCUUAAAAUUAAUUUUUUGAACAAUAUCUU